AUGUCAGCCAUUCCAAACGGCGUCCACGUUCCUGCCGCCGCAGUCCCCGCGCCAACAUCCGUGUCCACAUCGAGCAUCCAGAAUGCCGCCAACGAAGCGGAAAUCCGCGCCGCGCUCGAGGCCCUCCAUGCCCAGGAGACUGCGAUAAGCAAGAAGCUCGACUCCCUCAUCGCCACGCAGGCCGAUGUGACCCGCGAUCUGGGCCGGCUGGAUCUCCUCCGGGCCGGGCUGGGAGCCCAGGUCAUAGCGACGAGGACGAUCAGCAAUGACAUGCUCUCGACGGCAGCCGACACGGCCGGGCGGCUCAGCGACAAGGUGAAGGAGCUGGAUCUGGAGAAGAGCCGGGUCGAGGAUACACUGAGGGUCGUGGAGCAGGUAGCGGAGCUCAAGGCGUGCGUGCACGGGGUCGUGGGGUCUAUGGGUGCGCCCCAGGACUGGGAGGCGGCGGCGACGUAUCUCGACCGCGCCAGCAAGAUUCCCGAGGAGAUCACCAAGGGUGCCUUCGCGGCUAGCAUAGUGCCCAGCGUGGAGGUCCCUGAUGCCCCGUGGGUGACCCUAGAGGAUUCCAGGGAGAGCCUGUGCGGGCUGUUCCUGCGGGAGUUCGAGAAGGCUGCGGGGCAGAGCGAUGGGACGAAGGUGACCCGGUUCUUCAAGCUGUUUCCUCUUAUUGGGAGGGCUGAGGUGGGAUUGGACGUUUACGGGCGAUAUGUGUGUCAGGGCGUUGCGGGUACGGCGCGGACGACACUCAAGGAAGGCUUUGGCGGGCAGACGCGGAAGGACGGGUUCUUCUACGCCAAUUCCCUGACAAAAUUAUUCGAGCACAUUGCGCAGAUUGUCGAGGGACACGGAGCGCUUGUUGAGCGACACUACGGCAGUGGGAAGAUGGUACGGGUCAUCGAGCGGUUGCAGAGUGAGGCUGAUGUCCAGGGCGGGAUCAUUAUUGAUUCGUGGAGCGACGAUCGCAACAUUGACAGGAAGUUGACGGAUGUGAAGAGCUACCCCUUCUCCUUUUUGGUCCAGAGUUUCCUUCCACAGCCCCCUAGAGUGGGCACGCCGAGGAUGAACUCGCCAGCUGUCGGCGUUGGGAACAACCCACGGGCCAGCGAGGAUGAAGGCGUGAAUAUGAAAGAGGUGGACGGUCUGUUGAGUGAGAUUGCUGUCAUGUUGGCCCGGUGGUCCCUAUUUUCCCGGUUCCUCGCUGGAAAGUGCAAGGAUCCUGAUCUCCCCGUGGAAUCUCUUCUGAGCAUCCCCGAGGUCCUUAUUAAAUCAAACCUAUAUCGAAAGGUGUCAGGCAAAUUAAUCAGCCCCUAUAAUGUCAUGACGACUUUCUUCUUCCGUCGCUCAGUAGAAAAGGCCUUCCAGCUGGAUGAAUACCCUACCGGCCUGAGCCUGAACAUGAACAGGCAGAUUGAGAGCAACACGCCCUAUAUUAUCAUGGCCGUGGACGAUGUCAUGUACAUUGUUAAUGCCGUCGUGGAAAAGUCGAUAGCAACUUCACAAAGAGACAUCAUUGCAUCCGUCGUCCCUACUAUCGGGCGGGUGCUUAGCUCAGACUUUGUCGGCAUGAUUCAGCGCAAGAUGCGCGACGAGUCGUACCCCAAGCCUGUUGUUCAGGGCGGCUUCCCGCCGGAGGACAAGAUUAUCCAGUUCAUCGUACUGAUCAAUAGCCUGGACACGGCCAACGAGUAUCUGACAAGAAUCAUCAGCGGCCGUAUUGGCGCGGGAGGGGGCGCAGAUGGUGGCGGCCCUCUGAAGAACGCAUUCCCGUUCGAAAAAGAUGUGGCUUUCGUAGCCAACGCUCUCAACACCCUCCAAUCAUCCUUUGUCGCGAAGACAACAGAGCUCCUGAAUGAAGGAAUCCAGGUGCUGUUCAACCAGGUAAUCAAGCCACGGCUACGACCAGUGCUGGCAGAUACGUUCCGAGAUGCAGACUAUACUCUUACCGAGGAUGACAUUGCUGCAUUGACGCGAGGGGGGGAAGAGGACGAGAACGAAAUACUCGAGCAGGUGCCACGGCGAUUCGAAUAUGGAUGGGACCAGCUGAUGAAGCCCAUUGGGCGUCUGAUGACGCCAGGGACCUUCAGCAGCCUGUCCGACCUUACAGCGCGCUAUCUUUCCAAGGUGCUCGAGAAGCGAAUCUUGAGCUAUGGGGGCAGGACAAAUGCCUACGGCGCUAUACGAAUAGAAAGAGACUUUACGGGUAUAGUGGACAUCGUCUCGCGAGGCAACUACCUCGUCAGAGAGACGUUUGCCAAGGUUACUCAGCUGCUCAUGGUGGCGAAUAUGGAGGAUGACGAGUGGGACGAGCUGGUUGCGCUUGACGGUGAGGAUGGCAUGGAUUGGGUCUUGACUGAUGAGGAGAAGAGAAAAGCCAGGAGUUUAGUUCGGGACUGA